AUGUCCCACCGCGGGCCCCUCGCCGCGGCCAUAACCACCGUGCUGGGGGCCGCCCUGGGGGGGCUGCUCGUGUGGCGAGUGUACCGAACCAAACGGAAGAAGCUGCCCUCCGUCCAGAGGGCGGCGGAGCCCGCGGAGCCCCCGCGCUCCUCGGAGCCGUUCGCCGGCGUGGAGCCUCAGCCCGACCCGCCGCCGUGCCUCGCCGCCGAGAAGGAGUUUAGGACCGCGGAGUGUCAGACCGCGAAGGCGCCCGCCCCCGCGCAGGUCCCGUGGUCCCACCGGCUGCUGGGGGUCCAGCCGGUGACCGUUAGCUCCGAGGAGGAGUGGAAGCAGCUGUGGCCCCAGGUGCAGAGGGACUUGUCGGUCCUCCCCGUGCUGGGGCUGGACUGUGAAUGGGUAAAGACUGAAGGCGUGUCGUCCAAGGGCCGGCCCAGCGCCGUGGCCCUGCUGCAGAUGGCCACCCACUCGGGCCUGUGCGUCCUGGUGAGGCUGCUGGCGUUCGGCGGCGGGCCGCGGCCGUUCCCGCCGGGCCUGACCGACGUCCUCGGAGACCGGCACGUUCUGAAGGUGGGCGUGGGCUGCUACGAGGACGCCAAGCGCCUGGCACGCGACUACGGCCUGGCGCUGACGUCCACGGUCGACCUGCGCUUCCUGGCGCUGAGACGGAGGCAAACCUCUGUGACCAAUGGCCUCAGUCUGAAGUCCUUGGCGGAAGACCUGUUGAACAUAUCUCUGGAUAAAUCUUUAGAGCUGCGCUGCAGCAACUGGGAGGCGGAUGAGCUGACACUGGAGCAGAUGGCUUAUGCAGCCAGAGAUGCCCAGGUCUCCAUCGCACUCUUCCUCCACCUCCUCGGCCUCCGGUCCGAAGCCGGUCCGGCCCCCCCCAGCGGGAGCACCUUCUCCGAGCUGGCCUCCCACUGCCAGGGCCUGGUGGACGUCCCCUUCAGGGGCCGGGGGGAAGGAGUGGAACGCGACGGCGAGAGGAAGAGGCGGAUGCGCAAGCCGGCGGUUUACGAAAGUCCCGAGUCUGGAGAUCAGCAAGUCCCAGACCCUCGGAAGAACAGCAAAAGAAAACCGCUGGGCGUUGGCUACUCUGCCAGGAAGUCUCCCCUCUACGAUAACUGCUUCCUCUACGCACCCGACGGCCAGCCUCUGUGUACCUGUGACAAGAAGAAAGCCAAGUGGUACCUCGACAAAGGAAUCGGAGUGCUCCAGAGUGAGGAUCCCUUCAUCGUGAGGCUGCUGUUUGAGCCGUCGGGACGCCCCGACUCUCAGCAGGACUACUAUCUGACCGCCAAGGAGAACCUCUGUGUGGUCUGCGGCAAGGCGGAUUCCUACAUCAGGAAGAACAUCGUCCCGCACGAGUACCGGCGGCAUUUCCCCACCGAGAUGAAGGACCACAACUCCCACGACAUCCUGCUGCUGUGCACCAGCUGCCACGCCGCCUCCAACGUGCACGACGGCUUCCUGAAGCAGCAGCUGGCCGAGGAGUUUGCCGCCCCGCAGGGGUGCGAGGAGGGCGUCCGGCUGCUGGAGGACUCGGACCGCCGGCGGGUGCGCUCGGCGGCCCGGGCCCUGCUCAGCGCCGGCGAGGGCCUGCCGGAGCGCCGGCGCGGCGAGCUGCAGGCGCUCAUCCGCAAGUUCCUGGACCUGAGCGAGGAGCAGGAGCUGACGGAGGAGGUGCUGCGGCAGGCCGCCGGCCUGGAGACCAGGAUUUUAAACGAGGCCUACGUGCCUCACGGCCUGAAGGUGGUGCGCGCCCACGCCGGCCAGGGCCUGCGGGGCCUGAUGGGGCUGGAGCGCCGCUGGAGGCAGCACUUCCUCACCACCAUGCAGCCGCGCCACCUGCCGCCCCUCUGGUCCGUCGACCACAAUCACGGCAAGUUCCUCCGCAAGUACGGCGAGGACCUGCCCAUCCACCUCAACUGA